UCCAUCUACCCUAGGAACCUUUGUCAGAAGAGUUAACUACCUUUAGCGUCUGUAUCCUACAACCAAUGAUCGACAGACAAGCGUUAUAUUUGGAGCAAUUGAACUUCAAAUCACCGGUGAUGCCCAGAGGAUUCUGCAAGUUCUCAAAGUCAAGUCUAAUCGACGAGUACAAAACGCAAACCCCUGUGGAGGAAUUAUUAAGGCGAUUAUACAAUACUAAUUUUCAAGACUGAGGCUGUUGACUUGUCCUGCCCUGAGCCAUGGGUCAGAUCGUAAGCUCCAUGCAUAUGAACGUAGCGGAGGUUUUAAGCAACCGGCGGAAACGGAAGCGAAGCACGGACUCCUCGCUGGUCAGGGAUGAGCAGACCCAGCUGGACACCACGCAACCCAAAAUCAGGAAAAAGCUUCUCACCACCACACAAUACAUAUACAAGACACUCUUUAAGGAGGAAAAGAACUCUGAUGUGGCUGUCAAGGCUCUGGAUAAAGUGUGGCACCUGCACAAGGUCUACCUGAGCCAGAGUCCCUACUUCUACAGAAUGUUCAACGGGAGUUGGCAGGAGGCGCAACAGAACUUUAUUGAGAUCACGACCCUCGACGAACAGAUAACCGUUGCCAGUCUGGACGUCGUCUUUGGAUCAAUGUACUCCGAUGAGAUCGAGAUUGAGUUAGCGGACGUGAUCUCGGUGCUGGCCACGGCCACGCUCUUUCACUUGGACAGGGUCAUCGACAAGUGUGCCGCGGUGAUGGUGGAGGACAUCAGCCCGGAGACGGCCAUCCACUACUACGAUCUCGCCUGCCAAUACGGUGUGGUUGCUUUAAAGAAGUCCACCUUCGAGUGGUUUCAGAUUAACCUGCCAGGCAUCUACAGUAAGAAGCCGAGUCUGUUGCGGCACAUCUCUAUCGAGCUGAUGAGUGCGCUGACCGCCAGCCCCGAUUUGUAUUUGAUGCCGACGGAGUUCGCGCUGUACAAGUUACUGCGCACCUGGAUGUUCCUGUGUCUGCAUCCCGACUACGAUCCAGAGGACCGUGUGCAGCGGGCGGAUGCGGUGGGGGCGCAGGAGCUCUUGGUCAAUGCUGCCGUGGAAACGUACAGCGGAGAUGUCAUCCAGUGGGCAUACUUCACCAGGCGCGCGAAGGAGCGCUCGUUUCUGGCCACACCCGAGGGGCAACCGUAUAUGAAGGUCUUCCAAAAGCUACGAACCCAGUACCUGAUCAUUCACUACAUAAAUCUAAAAACCAUCUUCAAUGACAACAUCAUACCCAAGGAGUGGCUUUACCGCAACAUCCACAACCAUUGGGACGCCCUACUGCGGAUCGAUCACGGGCAAGAGGAUUGCAUUCCCCAGCAGCUGAACGAUGAGCAAUUCCUUGAGAGUUGCAUGCGAUGUGGACGUAUGUUGCUUGGGCCUGGCCUUCACAUUUGGCGAUGGCCGGGCUUUAACUACGGCAUGGAGCUUAUACUGCAACUGGACUACCGCACCCGCAGUCUGAACAUUCGUCGUAAUCAUCAGCAAGGCUUCGAGCGGGUGCUCAGCCAGCACCCGAAGCGCAAGUUAAUGGUGCGCACCACAGUGACCUCGGUUAACGCCCGGCGACAGCCAAUCUUCACUCAGACGUCUGGGAUCUGUACCCUAAGCCUCCAGAAGAACGAGGAGGUACCGCUGAUGGUGCUUGACCCGAAGCUGGUACACCCAUUGCUUAUUUCUGUUAAUAUGAUGGUGGCGAUGCCGCCGAAUCCGUACUUUAAGGAUAUUGUUCCGCUCAGCGAGGAGGCGACAUCGCCGUCCAGUGACGUUGAGUCGGAAGUCUCUAUUGGCCACUCGGAGCCCUGAGCGCCGUCCUCGCCAGCUCCAUUACCAGUACCACCACUACCACCAUUUGUUGUUCAUUUAUCCGCUGCGGCCGACACUCUUCGUAGUUCUAACCCUGUAUUCGUUUUUCGUUGACCAAGAAAAAGGCCGGAUUUUGUCGACGUGUGUUUUUGAUUCUUAAAUUAUUACACAGGUUUUUGAACUUGGACGUAAAAUUACUCUGACGAAAAGUGAAUAAACACGUAGCAUAGAUUCAAACCUGGUGGUGAACUAUGAUAUAAGUUUACCGCUAA